AUGAAUUUAUUAAAUGAAAAAACUUUAUAAGCAUUUAAUUCACUCAAAAAUUAAGGCUAAUUGAAUAUUGAUUUAAGAAUUAAAACUAGACCUUUGACACCCACUAAAAAGAUGAUUAGAUUGCCAAAACGUCUUUUAAAAUCAAUUACAUAAAUUGAAAGUUUGAAAAAAUAGAAAUCAUAUCAUAAAUAGAGAGCAAUCAUUAAGUAGCAUUCAUUUAAACCAGAAAUAGAAGAAAUCAAAAUAGAGUCAUUUGAUGAAAUACCUAUGAGUAAAAAAAAAGAAAUUAGAGUAACAGAUGGAACAGAAGAAUUGAUAUUAAGACAAUAAGAAAUUCAGAGAUAAACUAAAAAGAAAAAUAUUAAUGAAGAGAUAAAUGAUUUGAAAAAAUUAGAAUAGCAACUACUCUUGACAUAUACAGGUAGAUAUGAAAAUUAGGAAGAAGAAGAGGAGUAAAUAGAAACAGUUUUAAAUAAUAGAAGAGAAUAAAUAUAUAGAAAAAUUUAUGAAAAUGUCAAGGCAAUUUAAGGGAUAGAUUAAAAGGCUGAGUUAUAGAAAUAAAGAGAUUAAGAUUUAUUAAAAUACAUUAAAUAUUAGUAAGAUUCAAAUAAAAAUAAAAAACAUAUAUAAGUAUAAUUAUUAGAGGCAUAAAAAUAAAUUGAAUAAUUACAAAAGUUAUCUAGACCAGGAACUUCUUAAAGAAUGAGUUCAACAUCAAGUUUAAAUCAAUAUAAUAAUAAUAAUAAUAAUAAUAAUAAUAAUAAUAAUAAUAAUAAUAUUAAUAUUAAUAAUGAACAAUUUGAUAUAAAAAUAAAUUAAUUAUUUAUUAAGAAUCCUUCUAAAUAAUAAUAAUAAGUUUCACCUUUAAAAGGAUAACAAUAAUAAAGUUCAACAAGAAAAUUAUCACAAAAAAUGUCAUUAGUUGGUUCAAAUCAUACUUCCCAAUAAAAUAUUCUAGAAAAUACUUCAGGUUAAUAAUUAUUGUUAUUCAAUUAAACUCAUAAGAAAAUUGAUGAAGAACUACUACAUAUUUUAUUGACUAGAUGGAAGAAUAUUAAGUAACUUAAAUAUCAAUAAUUAGUUCAAAUAAGAAAAGAAUCAAAUAGAAAAAGGUAUUUAUGAAGUUAGAUGAUGAACAAUUAUAAGAAAAAAGAAAAUAAAGGAGGUAGUAUUUAUGCCAAAAACUAUUAUCGUGGCUCUAAAAAAUGAAUAGAUGCAAAAUCUCAUUAUAAGAAAUGAGUAACUUUAAAUUUCCAUCAUAACCCUUUCAAAUAGAUGGAUCUUUUAUAUUUCUCAGAUAUAUAAAAUAUAAUAAUAUGGUAGAAAUAAAAAAUUUAAUAAAAUUUAAUAGAAACUUACUUUUUGAAUUUAAUCAUUUAGGAUAAACUUGUUUACAUAUUGCUGCUUCAAAAGGAAACUCUACCUUAUUGUAAUAUUUGUUAUAGUGUGGAGCUGAUUAUGAAGCAAAAGAUUUCAUGAACAGAAAUCCAUUAUGGUAUGCAGUUGAAGCUUAAAGCGAAGAAUCAUUUAAAAUGUUAUUAAAAAUCGGAGCAACACCAUGGAAUAUUCAAACUUCAAAUGCUUGGUUUGCUGAUAUAUUGUAAUAGGCUAAAAAAAUACAUACUUUAAUCUCAAUAUCCCCUCAUACUGUAAAAUCAUUAAUUUUAGAACAUGAAUUUGAAAGAAUAUUGUGA